AUAACCUGUGAUCUUGCAUGUCUUGAGUGAGAGCUGUAUUUCGUGGUGUUUGGAUGAGUAUGUGUUAGUGCUGAAUACAGGUAACUAACGGGACUGGGUUAGGGCAUCCAAAUUGUACUCCGUUGGACAAUGAAGCGCCCAUAUGCUAAUCAAAUACAUAUGUCACUUCCGCUCUUUCUCGGACGCCAUUUUGGCCAGUGUGGGUUUACGCUGGGGUGUAUUGUCUGAGUAAAAAAAAAAAAAAAAAAAAAAAAAAAACUAGUAACACUGCUUUACUUUCCUUCCCAAUCCAGGGGUUAUCUGGGUGAGUUACUGUAGCACAGCAGCGAAAGUGAGAGCGAAAAGCAGAGCCAGCGAGAGCUCUCGUCUGGUGUCUGAGCAGAGGCUUUUCUGCGCUGUCUUAUGAACUCCGGCGAGCUCCCUCUUUCGGAUCGGUGUGUUUCCCUGGCACGGAAAAGCGGUUACUCGGGCUUUCGGUGAGGAGGAGGAGGAGGAGGAGGAGGAGGAGAGGAGGAAUAAGAAGAAAAAGAGAGAGGGGGAAAGAAAGGAAGGAGAGAGUGUGUGAGAGGCUGCUCUUUGUCUCCACGUCGCCCUGAGCAGGCAGAGAAGAUGUUUCAGCUCCCUGUCAACAAUGUUGGCAGUUUAAGGAAGGCCCGGAAAACCGUGAAAAAAGUUCUGAGUGAUAUCGGCUUGGAAUACUGUAAAGAUCAUCUAGAGGACUUCAAAGAAUUUGAACCGAAUGAUUUUUAUGUGAAGAAUACCUCAUGGGAGGAUGUCGGAUAUUGGGAUCCUUCUUUAACAAAAUCCCAGGAGUACCGAUCAAAACCAUUCUGCUGCACUGGCUGCCCCUUUUCUUCGAAGUUCUUCUCUGCCUACAAGAGCCAUUUCCGCAACGUCCACAGUGAAAGCUUUGAAAGCCGGAUCUUGCUGAACUGCCCUUACUGCACCUAUAAUGGAAAUAAAAAGACAUUGGAAACGCACAUUAAACUGUUUCACGUUCCGCAAACAAACAACCUGCAUAGGGGUCCUAACGCGUUGAAAGAGGGAGCAAAACUUGACGGUACCCUUAAAUCUAAGCAGGCUGAUAGUGUAGAACAGGCUGUGUACUAUUGUAAGAAGUGCACAUACCGAGACCCUCUGUACAAUGUCGUCCGAAAGCACAUUUAUAGGGAGCACUUUCUGCAUGUGGCCUCACCUUACGUUGUCAAGACAGGUGAAAAAUCCUUGAACGGUGCUGUUUCUCAUGGUGCCAGUGCACGUGAUGAUGGAAACCUACAUUGUAAAAGAUGCUUAUUCAUGCCAAAGUCUUAUGAGGCUUUAGUACAGCAUGUUAUUGAAGACCAUGAACGCAUAGGCUACCAGGUAACUGCCAUGAUAGGGCACACCAAUGUAGUAGUCCCAAGGUCAAAGCCUUUGAUGUUGCUGGCUCCAAAACCCCAAGAUAAGAAUCUUUUAGGUAUGCCUCAAAAAACUGUAAUUCCAGGUAAUGUUAGAUCCCUUUCACAGCAAAUGAUGAGUCGGCUAGCUAUACCAAAACCUGGACUAAAUUCUGCAGGAAUGAUGUCCACUGUUCACAUAAAGCAGAAUGCCUAUGGAAUAAAAAACAUGACACAAGGUUAUUCUAUUGGGCAGCAAAUGAGAAUCCCUAUGCCGGGCAAUGCACAGGUGUCUAUUCCACAGCAGUCUCAUACUGUAAAGCAGCAGCUUCCAGGGGGAAACGUUCGGAAUUCCAGUGCAGGAAUGUCAGAGUCCCGGAGUCAGACUCCAUCAAGAUUCAGUUUCCAGUCUGGAAAUGCAUCCAGUGCUAACGUAGGAUCUUCAUCAAUGAAGUCAACACAGUUACAGUCAAGAGCUCAAUCCGCAAACACAGUGGCGUCCGCCACAAAGACUGUAAACUCUACAAACGCUGGUACGUCGUAUACUCAAAAGUGGAAGAUCUGUACUAUUUGCAACGAGCUGUUUCCAGAGAAUGUUUACAGUGCGCAUUUUGAAAAGGAACACAAAGCUGAGAAGGUGCCAGCAGUGGCAAACUACAUAAUGAAGAUCCAUAAUUUCACAAGCAAGUGUCUUUACUGUAAUCGGUACUUGCCCAGCGACACGCUACUCAAUCACAUGCUGAUUCAUGGGCUGUCGUGCCCGCAUUGUCGCGCCUCUUUCAACGACGUGGAGAAGAUGGUUGCGCAUAUGCGAAUGGUUCAUCCCAACGAAGUCAUGGGACCCAGAACAGAUUCACCUCUGACCUUUGAUCUGACGCUGCAACAGGGUAAUCCCAAAAAUAUCCAGCUAAUUGUGACCACUUACAACAUGCGUGACGCCCCAGAGGAAUCUGUUGCUUUCCAUGCACAGAGUAGUAAUGUAUCCAUUCCGCCAAAAGCUACACCGAAAGUGACAGAGAGCACUGAAGCUCAGACAGUGAAAAGUGCACCUCAGACAGCAGUACCGUACAAAAAAGAUGUGGGUAAAACCCUUUGCCCUUUGUGCUUCUCCAUUUUGAAAGGGCCAAUAUCUGAUGCUCUAGCUCAUCACUUGAGGGAGAGGCACCAGGUCAUUCAGACAGUCCAUCCGGUGGAAAAAAAGCUAACUUACAAAUGCAUCCACUGCCUGGGUGUGUAUACAAGCAACAUGACCGCAUCCACUAUAACGUUGCACCUUGUUCACUGCAGAGGUGUAGGGAAGACGCAGAAUGGUCAAGAAAAAAGCAGUGCACCACCAAGAGCAAACCAGUCACAGGGAACAGGCUCUCUGAAAAGAGAACUGGAGUAUUUAGACCCAGGCCUGUCGAAAAGAAGAAGAAUGGAUGGUGAUCGUUUUCCCUCUACUUUUAUAGAGAAACCUGAAGAGCCGGUAGUCCUAGCAUUGGAUCCCCAGGGUCACGAAGAUGAUUCGUACGAGGCUAGAAAGACAUUUCUUACGUCGUACUUCAACAAGAAACCUUACCCCUCCAGGAGGGAAAUUGAAAAGCUGGCAGCUAGCUUGUGGUUAUGGAAGUCUGAUAUUUCAACACAUUUCAGUACAAAGAGAAAGAAGUGCAUCCGAGAUUGUGAGCGGUACAAACCUGUUGCGCUCCUAGGGUUCAAUAUGAGGGAAGUUAAUAAACUUAAACAUGACCUGGAUUUUGAGCCGGAAUGGUUUUUCGAAAGCAAGGAUGACGACGAAAGCAGGACGUCUAAAACCAAUACUGCAAGGUCUGUCGAUUCAAUCAACCGACGUCUGGAGGAGAGCACUGCGUUGAAGCAGACCUCUAAACCCUCAAUAGACUCUGAAAGACAAAUUUCCACGCAAACCAGUUUGGGAGAAGGUAUUGUGAAGAUUAAGGAGGAAACCAACUCAAACAGCAUUUCCAAGGAAGAGGAAAGCAACUCGAACAAAAAAGAUGCUAGCUCUGACUCUAUGGACGAGGGAUCGGAUAGCGGAACAGAGGAGGAACCAUCUCUGGUGAAAGAACAAUCGGAAAUGAAAGAUGAUUGCAAAUUGGAGAAGACAGAAAUGCAAGACAUUUUAGAAGUGCAAAAGACCAAGCUGAAAGGAGGAGGCUGUGACAUGGAGGAGGGUGGAGAAACAGGAAUGAAAGUUGAGCCAGUCAAGGAGCAAGAACAAUCCGAUAUGAACUAUGGAGGUGAAUUGGAAGAGGAGGAAGACUGUUGUGAAAUGGACGGAGAGGAAUCGGACGUUAAAGGUGUUUGUGCAAUAGAAGAAUCGGAGAUGAACGACAGCUAUGUAUCCGAGGAGGAGCUGCCAGUCAUGGAAGGUGCUUGUGGGUUGGAGGAGGAUGGAGCUUCCAAUUCAGACAGUGGACCUGGAUCUCGGAACACUUCAGACUUGGAGGACGGUGCCAUGGAGGAGAGAAAGGUUGAGCCGUGGAAUGAAGACACAUCCCAAAGCGAGGACAGUAAACUGUCAGCAGAGGAAACGGUUGCUUCCCUAAAGAGUGACUUCCGAGAGGGGGAAAGCAAGAAUGAUUCUGAGACAGAUGAGAAAUACUGGUCCAAAGAGCCUUCAUCGGUACCGGAAUGGAAAAUCGCCUCACCGAAAAACGAAGACAGCUUAUACAAUCCUGCUCCAGAGUGGCAAAACAGCACAGCAGAUAGCGACGGAGAUGAGAGACUAGACAGAAUGCUGGAACAGUCUAACGACAGCAUGUCCGAGAACUCCUCAGAGCCAGUACACAGCUUAUUAUCUGGUGUUGGACUGAGCAGUCAGCAAGCAUAAUGUAUAUAAUUGUAAAAUACAGCUGCAUCUAAUUAGUUGUGAAGCCCACAGGUCCACCCUAGCUUGCUAAGCGGGGUAACACUUUUCACCACAAGCUAAUUAAAAGGCCAAUUUAGCGCCAUCAUAUUCUAGCGAAUUUUGUAUCCACAGUGGCAGUAUAUAUAUAAAUAAAUGGUUGAGAGAUGAAGUAACUUGGAGAAAGACAGAGCUGGUGGCCUGCAGCGACCAUAAAAAUUUUUUUUUUACAAAGUUUAAUAAAUAAUUUAGCCUUUUUGUUUUACUUUACCUUGUAAAUCUUGUGUUUUCCACUAUUUACUUUAUCGAAAUGUUAUUUGCAUUCAGUAGUUGGGGCAGUGGUUUAAGUAGCUGGUUGGUUAAAUGAGUAAAUAUUGAAUUUUGCACAAAAAAACAGUAUGUAUAAAAAAAAUCCUUCAACUUUUUGUUUUUCAUAUAUUCGUUCAAAAAAUAGUAACAGUGUAUAUUUGUACAGUCUUUUAGAACUAUACUGAGGAAGCUUAUCAUAUUGCUACUGUGUACUCGUUAUAUAUUUUCUUGUGCACAUGCUGUGUAAUAAAAUUCAGCAUUUAGUUCACUUGCCAUAUGGCUAGAAAGUGCUGUAUUUUGAAAAGCAUAGUAUUUUGCAGGCACUUAAUUUAAGGAACAUGUAUGCUCCUUGGCCAUUUCACAAUACAGGACCUGGUUUCCUGUCCUGAAUCAGCCAUUACUAUUGACUGUAAAGUUAGGACUGUUUUCUCAAAUCUAUCUAGCUCAAAUCACAGUUUUACUAAGUUUAAUAUUCCAUAGAGCUGUGCUUUGUAGUAUACCGUGUUGAAUGGAGCAGCCCCAUGGGGUUUCCUUUUUUAAUAGUUUUACUUUUAGAAAAUAACACCUUUUGGUGUUGUGAACAUUAUAUCAUCUAAUAUAUGACUCACUGUAUGUAUGUUUAAUUUGUGGUCUUUAUUUCCCUUUUGUAUUUUUCAUUUCUGAACAAUAAAAGUGCUGUAUCGUGCUUUGUGAUCGGUUUACUUGAUAUUUUUUAAUCAUGGGUAAUAAAUGAAAAAGCAAGCAUGGUUGUCCUUCUGUUUUACCAAAAGUAUGUGAGUAACCGAUUUGAACUUGAUUUUAAUGAACAGAUAAUUGUAACCGUGGGUCACCCUCUUGUAACAGUGCUACUCGCCUGCCAUUUGUCACAGUCCUUUCUGAUGCCUGUGUGUUUCUUACAAUGUUAUGGACACUCACCCUUGUCAUAGCUCAGUUUUGACCAAAAUCCACUAGACCAGCACAGAUGUGACAUUUUCUUUACUGGUUUACCAUACAGAAUUUCACAGACCACAUAUGCUAUUCUAAACUUUAUUUCCUGUUAUUGGCAUACUGUAUACUAUAUUUUCUGUAUAUGUUUUUGUUAUGCAUAACCACUGAUGCACAACAGGCACUUGUUUUCCAUCAUAUUUUACCCUGAUUUAAAUGACAACAGAUUAAAGCACAGCCAAUACCCAUCAUGUUCCUGACUGUCCUAGUUUUAGCAGUGGAUUGCAAUAUAAUAUGGAAAUUGGAGCAAAAUAAAAUGGAAACGUCAAACUGUUUUCUGAAAACAAAACGUAGCGCUGUUCUACCAUUAGAAAGGAGGCACUGAAAUAACAGCAGCUCUUUGAAUGAGAUUUAUUAAUAGACCCGCAAUUCUUCCUUAGAACCACAUGUGGAUAGCUGAUAUAGGGGAAGGGCUUACCGUGGCUCUCAAAAGUAUUCACCCCCCAUGGACUUUU